GUUUGACAUCAAUACCUCGCAACAUUCCACCAGAUACUCGUAUGAUUGACCUUCAAAAUAACAAAAUUAAAGAGGUCAAGGAAAAUGAUCUCCAAGGACUCACAUCGCUUUAUGCACUGGCUUUGAACAACAAUAAAAUAGCCAAGAUCCAUCCAAAAGCCUUUCAACCAACGAAGAAGCUACGGCGACUGUAUUUGUCCCAUAACCAGCUAACUGAGAUUCCAACAAAUCUACCAAAAACUUUAGCAGAGCUCAGAAUUCAUGCUAAUAAGGUUAAGAAAAUCCACAAGGAUGCAUUUAAAGGAAUGAACUCUCUGCAUGUUUUAGAAAUGAGUGCAAACCCUCUUGACAAUGAAGGAAUAGAGCCAGGGGCUUUUGAAGGAGUAAAUAUCUAUCAUAUAAGAAUUGCGGAAGCUAAAUUAACUUCAAUUCCCAAAGACUUGCCCUCAAGUCUACUAGAGCUUCAUUUAGACGACAAUAAGAUCACGGCAAUCGAACUUGAAGAUUUUAACCGGUAUAAAGAUCUUCAAAGGCUAGGCCUUGGGAAUAAUAAAAUCAAAGAUGUGGAAAAUGGAAGUUUUGCCAACAUACCAAGUAUACGUGAAAUCCAUCUUGAAAAAAAUAAGCUCAAGAAAGUUCCUCCUGGAUUACCUGAACUGAAAUAUCUGCAGGUUGUCUUCCUUCAUUCUAAUCAUAUUGCGAAACUGGGAGUGAACGACUUUUGUCCAACAGGAAGAAGAAAGAAGAAAGCAUUAUACAGUGGCAUAAGCCUCUUCAAUAAUCCUGUGAAGUACUGGGAGGUUCAGCCUUCAACCUUCCGUUGCAUUUUAGCCAGAAACAGCGUGCAACUUGGAAAUUUCCUCAAGUGACACCAAAGUCGGUUAUUUCCAAAAGCAACUUGUCCAAAUCAGUUCUACAAUACUUGAAAUUUUCAGAAAAAUGCCAAUUUUACACUAUUUAACCAGUUUACAAAAUAUGUACUAUUUGAGAGAUAAUUAGAAACAACAUGUUAGUAGGAUCUAUUGCAUUAUUUGACAAUGUUCAACAUAUAUUUGAAUAAUUUAAACAAAAGCCUUCAUAUCUUACAGACGGACUCUUGGAAGUGGAACUGGAAACUGUAUUUGAUGUUUCCUAUUAUAGAUGU